UGUGAGUUAUGAAUGACCCAAAAAACCACUUAACACUUAUUUUAAUUAGUUCAACAAAUUAGAAGAAAUACUGAGCCGCUGUCUACUUCUGAUCUCGGCGGCAACCACCGUAGCCCCCACCGCCGUCUUCACCGAUUGUAAAAGAUGCACGGACGGCCACGGAGAUCUCCAACUCCUGAGGAGAACGAAGAUUCAGCCGCUAAAGGAGCCAAACUCCGCGCCCUCCAGAAGCAGUUUAUUGAAUUUCACCACAGCAAAACGUAUACGAAAGAGGCAAUCGAUGUCAGUACGAAGCUAGUGGAGUUGAAUCCAGAGUACUAUACGGCUUGGAACUACAGAAAGCUCGCUGUUGAACACUUGCUAACGGAUCAAACUGAUUCAGAAUAUAUUAAAUCCGUUUUAGAUGAAGAACUACGUGUGGUGGAGAAUGCAUUAAGAAGUAACUUCAAGUCUUAUGGAGCUUGGCAUCAUCGGAAAUGGGUGCUUAACAAGGGUCAUUCUUCAGCAGAUCGUGAAUUGUUGCUUCUGAAAAAGUUUCAGAAGGCUGAUGCUCGCAAUUUCCAUGCGUGGAACUACCGUAGGUGAAGACAUAAAUGCUGCUUUAUUUAGUUCCAUUCUCCAGUUGAUUCUUUUCCCUUAAAGUGACCUGUGAUACUCUAAAAUCUGCUUUUAGAUUCAUAACAGCAUUGAUGAACAUACCAGCUGAGAAGGAACUAAAUUAUACGACAGACAUGAUAAAUGACAAUUUCAGCAAUUAUUCUGCUUGGCAUAAUCGUAGCAUGCUUCUGUCUCUUCUGCUAAACAAGAAAGUGGCUGGAUUUUAUCCCAAAGAGACUUUUUUGAAGGAGGAGUAUGAAUUUGUUCGGAAUGCUCUUUUCACAGAUCCAGAUGAUCAAAGUGGCUGGUUCUAUCAUCUUUGGCUUUUGGAUCAGACAGUUAAAGUGGACAAUUUGUUUGUUUCCUCAUGGCCACCCAAUGGAUCAAAUAUUUGUGCAUCAGACCCUUUGGUAUUAAACCAGUAUGCUUUUCCGCCAGGUUCAGCGUCUGGUUUCGAGGGCUUUCCUAUUAUCCUUUAUUUUAAUGAAGGUGUUGUUGGUGUAAAUUCCAGCACCGUGACUGUUGAAUGCGAAUUUACUUCUGAUACCAAUUUGGUUUGGAUACCGGUUCCUGCAAAUAGAUCUGGGUACUCCACGACAUGGUUUACAUGUCUAAAUUUUUCCAUGAAGGACAUGCUUCCUUCUAGACAUUACCGAGGGAAGGUUAGCAUUGCCCUUUCCGAGGGUAUUGUUUCCUCAUCCGGUGUUUGCUAUAGUCGUCCUUUUCAUAUUGAAUUUGGAGUUUUUGUAUCAUCUCCUGUACCAAAACUUAGGGAAGGCCUGGAAACACAGAGGAUUUAUUGGUCGGGUGAAAAUUUCCAUGCAACUGAAUUGCAUUCUGAGGAGUUGGACUUCGUGAAUAGAUUUUGCCAGCUAAGAACAAAUGGGAGUGACAAACUGGAAAAGAAUGACAUGAAUGUUGAUAUAAUUGCUGAGGAGAUAUCUUAUUUCCGUGAACUGUUGGCUGAGAUGGAGUGUAAAAUAGGAAAGCUCACACUUGCAAGAUUGUUGAUGGCGCAUGAUGCUUUGUCGUCUACUUCUCAUGAUACAUAUGAUCAACGUACAUUACCUUACAAAGAAAUUCUAGAACUAUACAGUGAUCUUAUGAAGAUGGACCCACCACAUAUUCAUUAUUACAAGGAUGAGUAUAGUUUGGUCUUUCUUAAACAGGAGCUUUCUGACAAGGAGUCCUUGCUACGAUACUGUUAUCAAUACAGAGAUUCCUCUUCACCUCAGAAUAGAAGUUUUGCAAGUCUACGCCUGAAUGGUCUCUCAUUGUCACGAAUUGGGUGUAUUGAACGACUGCUGUGGGUGCAAAUGCUUGAUCUCAGUGAGAACGAACUUCGGUCUAUUGAAGGAUUGGAGGCGAUGCAACUUCUUUGUUGCUUAAAUCUCAGUAAGAACAAGUUUAGCAGUUUUUCCUCUCUAGAGCCUUUAAGACAGCUGAAGUCAUUGCAAGUGCUAGAUAUUUCUUACAACGAAAUCGGAGCACAUCCCAUUGACACGAGAAGGUAUUUAUGCACAUCUCCUUUGUCGCACACCAUCGGAAGUGAUUGGAAGAAGACCCAGCAGUUAGGGCUCAGUGAUGUAGAUAUUUCGACUUACUGGGAUGCUUUUUCAAUUUUCAAGGGCGCCAACUUAACCCAACUAGAUAUUGUCGGAAAUCCGAUUCUCGACGAAAAGUUCAAGUAUUUUCUGCGUAAGUUAUUACCAACAAUGAAAUGGCUUGACAAUGAAAAAUCAGGAUGAUAGCAAGCUCGCUGCAGUUGAGUUUUGUAUGUUCUUGAUUCUUCAAGAUAGUACUUUGAUAACACACACUACUUGUUUCAUGAAAGUGUUAAGUUACACAUACUAAUUUUCAGUUUCAAACUUGUUCCCGAGUUAGUUCAAUCUUGUUUUACAAUGGAAUGGCAUUACCUACUGUCUAGUGGUGUGAGAUAUGUAUUGACAAUAAAACACUAGCUAGCUUGUAUUAUCUAAUUCAUUAUUUUCUCUCUCCUAAAAUUAUUGUCA